CAGGUUGCUUCUGCAAAGAGAGUUUAGGACUUUAUUGAGAUUCUCCUUUCUUAUAGUCUUCUGUCACUGAGUGAUUGGAUCACUGUGGAGCAGCAAUGUCUUACCUUCCAACUCUCUUCAAAUAUGUGGAUGAGCACCAGGACCAAUAUGUUGAGCGCCUGGCACAAUGGGUUGCUGUACAGAGUGUGUCUGCCUGGCCAGAAAAACGUGGAGAAAUCAAGAAGAUGAUGGAGAUGGCAGCCAAAGACAUUGAGAGACUUGGGGGAACUGUUGAGUUGGUUGACAUUGGCAUGCAAAAGUUGCCAACAGGAGAGCAGAUCCUUCUUCCUCCAAUAGUUUUGGGCAGACUUGGCUCAGACCCAGGCAAGAAGACUGUGUGCAUCUACGGGCACUUGGAUGUUCAGCCAGCCAACAUUGACGAUGGCUGGGACACACCACCCUUCACUCUGGUGGAGAAAGACGGUAAAAUGUAUGGACGGGGAUCUACUGAUGAUAAAGGUCCUGUACUAGCCUGGUUCAACAUCAUUGAGGCCUAUCAGAAGAUCGGACAGGAACUGCCCAUCAAUAUAAAGUUCUGCUUUGAGGGAAUGGAGGAGUCCGGAUCAGAGGGAUUGGAUGAGUUGGUUUUCUCCCGCAAAGAUACUUUCUUUAAGGAUGUAAACUAUGUAUGCAUCUCUGAUAACUACUGGCUGGGGAAGACCAAGCCCUGUAUUACCUAUGGCCUUAGAGGAAUCUGCUACUUCUAUAUCGAGGUGGAAUGCUGUGAUAAAGAUCUUCACUCUGGAGUGUUUGGAGGAUCUGUUCAUGAAGCUAUGACUGACCUCAUAGCCCUGAUGGGCUCUUUGGUGGAUACCAAGGGGAAGAUUUUAGUCUCUGGGAUCUAUGAUGAUGUGGAUAAAUUGACUGAUGAGGAGAAGCAGCUCUAUGAGAAGAUUGAGUUUGACAUGGCUGAGUAUGCCAAAGAUGUUGGAGCAGGCAAACUGCUGCAUGACACCAAGGAGCAAAUUCUGAUGCAUCGUUGGAGAUACCCAUCUCUGUCUUUGCACGGCAUUGAGGGAGCGUUCUCCGAGUCUGGGGCAAAAACUGUCAUUCCACGUAAGGUCAAUGGCAAGUUUUCUAUUCGUCUGGUGCCUGACAUGGACCCCAAAGUGGUGGAGAAAUUGGUAAUUACCCACCUGGAAAAGAAGUUUGCUGAGUUGCAGAGUCCCAACAAACUGAAUGCGUAUAUGGGACAUGGUGCCAAGGCCUGGGUGUCUGACUUUAACCAUCCUCACUACAUGGCUGGCAGAAAGGCCAUGAAGACAGUGUUUGGUGUGGAACCUGACUUAACUCGUGAGGGAGGAAGUAUCCCGGUGACUCUAACCUUCCAAGAAGCUACCGGACAAAAUGUCAUGCUGCUACCUGUUGGUUCCUCUGACGAUGGAGCUCACUCGCAGAAUGAAAAACUCAACAGAUCCAACUAUGUUCAGGGCACCAAGAUGUUGGGAGCUUACUUCUAUGAAGUAUCUCAGCUUAGUUAACAGAAACUUCUGGUUCAACAUGACUAGGCUGGUGUAUUUUAGGUGUCUAAAGAUAUGAAAAACAUCUCUGAACUGAUCCUAUAAUUUUUUCAUACAGUCUUCUGCCCUGGUGGCAUCCAUUUACUGGUGAGGAAAUGAAAAGUAAAUAGUGGCAGAAUUGUUUUAUUACUGAGCCUUGUGACCUGAUGACAAUCAGAAUGUAUUAUGUGGUAGCACAUGUGACAUUAUGCAACAACAACUUAAUGGCUCUUAUCUGGUAUUUUGCUGUUAGAACUGACAAUAUAAAUCCAUUUACUGCACAUAAUACAGUAUGUAUUUCCAUCUGUUUUGCAACUUUUUUUUUUGUAGUCCAGUUCUCCCUGAAAUCAAAGUCAAUUGUUUGUGUAUGUCGGAAGAAAAAUGCAAAUUAAACAAAAAAUGCAUACACUGCAUGUAGGCUCAUGUAUACCUGUCAGUCUGUGUACUUGUGUCUUAUGAUAAAAAUGUUCAGAUAUGGAUCUUAUUAAAAUAGAAUAUGACCAAACAUUUUACAUAUGCACACCAAUAAAAUGCAAAUGCCUU